CCAGGUUCACAGUAGAACAGGAAAUUGAUCUGAAAGACGUCUGGAGAGGUCUCGGAAUUACAGAGUUGUUCAGCAGCAGUGCUGACCUCACUGCAAUGUCUGAUAACAAGGAACUUUACCUUGCAAAGGCAUUUCACAAGGCAUUUCUAGAAGUUAAUGAGGAAGGAUCAGAGGCUGCUGCUGCCUCAGGAAUGAUUGCCAUUAGCAGAAUGGCAGUGCUGUAUCCCCAGGUUAUAGUUGACCAUCCCUUUUUCUUUUUGGUCAGAAACAGAAGAACAGGUACUGUGUUUUUCAUGGGAAGGGUAAUGCACCCUGAAGCAAUGAAUACAAGUGGCCGUGACUUUGAAAAACUUUAACUGUCACCAGCUACCAAAAGAGGAGAUAAGCACAUAAAGUUUGAAGUUAAUAUAUUUAAGGUUUUCCGUGUUUUCCUCCAAGAUAUUGUUUAAAAUGCUUUCAGAUCUAAGUGUGCAAAGUCAAUUUCCAGAGGAAAGCUUACAGUAUUAAAGUAAUAGUUCUGUUUCUGUCAUUGUGAUUUCCGUGUCCUUAAACUAAAAUCGUGUACGUGUCAACAA